AUGCAUGGGAGCCUGGCCUCUCUCCUGGCCUUACUGCUGUCUCUCCCCCAGUCACAGGUGCCCUCCAACAUGGGGCCAUCCUGGGUCCUCCUCCUGCUUGCAGUGGCCCUGAGGGCAACAGCUGCUGCCCGCUGCCCUGCACCCUGUGUCUGCGAUAACCUCCGUGCCCAUGUCCUGUGUCUCAAUGGGAGCCUGACUGCCAUCCCUGACACCAUCCCAGAGCUCACCAGAGAACUAGACCUUCGGGGCAACAGUUUCAUGGUCAUCCCAGCCAGAGCCUUCCUUGCCACCCCCUACCUGACACACUUAGACCUGCAGCGCUGCAAGGUGGAGAGGCUGGAGGAAGGAGCUUUCCGAGGUCUGGGGAGACUUGUUUACCUCAACCUGGCCUCCAAUGGCAUAGCCCUCCUCUACCAGGAGUCCCUGGAUGGGCUCUCCUCCCUCCAGCAGCUCAUUUUGGAGGGGAAUCGCAUUGAGGAGAUACAGCCGGGUGCUUUUGGCCAUCUGGGGUCCCUCACCGUCCUCGACCUGAGGGCAAAUGCUUUGGUCUACCUUCCAGACAUGGUCUUCCAGGGUCUGCAGGUUCUUAGAUGGCUCCGGCUGUCCCACAAUGCCCUCCAUGUGCUGGGCAGUGAGGCUUUUGCUGCUCUCCCUGCCCUGCGCAGGCUGAGCCUGGACCACAAUGAGCUGCAGGCACUGCCUGGUGAGGCCCUGGCCAGGCUGGAUGGGGCUACUUGGCUAGACCUGGGCCACAACCCCAUCACCUACGUGGCUGAGGAGGCCCUGGCUAUGGCCUCGCUGAGGCACCUCUUCCUGGACCAUGCCUCUCUCCAGGAUGUGGCACCCGAUGCCUUUGCCCGCAGUCCCCAGCUCCGUAUUCUGGAUCUCCGGGAAAACCAGCUGCAGGGGCUGCCACCCCUAGCUGGGGUGGUGGGGCUGGUAAGGGUCAGCCUGGAUGGGAACCCUCUGCUCUGCUCCUGCCUCCUGCGCCCCUUCCACAAGUGGCUGGCAAGGGCACGGGUGCAUGCUGAGGGUGCCUGUGCUGCACCCCCUACCCUCCGUGGCCGGUCCCUUGACUCCCUGAAGUCCCCUGAGAUGAGAUGCAGUCGUCUCCGGCCACCCCCAAGCCCCAUGGCACCACCAGAGCAACCAAGGGCAGCCACCAAAAGGCAGUGCCCCAUGGGAUGUGUCUGCUCCCCCGAUUUCCAUCAUGGGUCCUGUGAGAACAGGAACCUGCAGGAGAUCCCUCGGGACUUCCCUGAGGACACCCGCCUUCUCGACCUGCGCCGAAACCCCUUCAGGACUGUGCCACCAGAUGCCUUCCCUGGCCUGAAGGAGCUGGUGUCACUCCACCUGCAGAGGUGCAGCAUCAGGGUGCUGCACCCUGGGGCACUGCGGGGGCUUGAGAGCCUGGUCUACCUGUACCUCACUGACAACCACCUCUCCACCCUGGCGGCUGCUGCCUUUGAAGGGGCCCCACAGCUGGCCUACCUCGACCUGGACCACAACGCCUUCACCCGCGUGCCUGCAGGCAUCUUCCGGCUCCUGCCCAACCUCAUCUCCCUCCAUCUGCAGCACAACGCCAUUGGGGAACUGGCAGAGGGUGACCUGGCUGGAGCCAGGGGGCUCCGCUGGCUCUACCUAGCUGGGAAUGCCAUCAGGCACAUUGCCCCUGCUGCCCUGGCUCCCAUCAGGAUGCUGGAAAAGCUGCAGCUGGAAGGAAACCUCCUAUCGGAGGUGCCCACAGCAGCCCUGUGGGGCCUGCCUGCCCUGAGUGAGUUGAAGCUGUCCCGGAACCCCAUUAAGCACAUAGGGGACAGUGUCUUCCUGCCAGUGGCCUCCAGCCUGCAGCACCUCUACCUGGACAACAUGGGCCUGGAGUGGAUUUCCCCCCAUGCCUUCACUGGCCUCGGACCCAAGAUCAGAAGCCUCUACCUGGAGAGCAACAAAAUGAGUAACAUACCUGACAUGAGCAACUUCACGGGGUUGGAGAUCCUCAACCUGCAGGAUGUGCCUUUCCACUGCGACUGCCAGCUCCUUCCACUGCGCAGGUGGAUCAGCAAACUCAACCUCCGUGUAGGGGCCACCUGUGGAUCCCCUGCAGAAGCCAAGGGGCUGAAAGUGAAGCUUUCCACAACUUUCCAAACUUGUCCUGGCUGGGGACAAGGCAAGGCUGGGGAAAACAAUCCUAACAAGACUAAGGCUGCAAGCAAGUCCAGCAAGAAAAAGAGGUCGGGAAAAUCUCCAGCCAGAGGCUUCAGUGAGAGCAGAGCUUAGGGUUUCCUAAAGUGUGUAGGAAUGUGCUGGACACAGGACCAUACCUACAGUCUGCCUAGAGCAAUUUUUAUAGAUUUGUCCCCACCAUGGAAACAUGAAUAUUGCCCAAGUGCAAAGGAGAGCCUGGUGCCACCAAAACAAUGCUGAUUUGCCAAAGAUGCAGGGUUUGGUUUUGCAGGACACAAGUACGUUCCAUAGAGUCUGCAGCAUACUUUGGUGAUGCAAACAAUGAAGCCAAAUACUUCUUUCCAAAGCUUCCUCCAGCCAUGUGGAAAAGCUACUAUCCACAAAUUUGGUUUUGUUUUUGAGAGCACUUUCACAGCUUCUAAAAUCAUAGAAGAGCCCUGAGUGGGACUGCAAGCAGCACCAUCCAGUAAGGUCCUGCACUGGCACAAAUCUUAUGCUAGAAAGCUUAAAAAUUAUUAUUCAAAAUAUUGCCUUAUUUCCCAGCAGUUCCUCAGAAUUACAACAUAUGCACAUGGAAGCCUUUUUAUUUCCUGCAGAAUUUGAUCAGUGAUCCGUAAGUGAUCCCAUGAUAAGGAAUGUGCUCAACCUAUUCCACAUGACUGCAUAGGUUGGGACCUAUGAAGUUUGUUUAAAUUGAAAAGGCUUCAAAAGAUAAAUUUAUAGGUAAAGAUAUGUUUUGACUAACUGCAUUUUGGUGGCCUGGAAAGCAAUAGGCAAGCCUUGGGCCUCUUCCCGAAGUUGGUCACAGGGCUUUAGGGUACAGAUUGUAGAUUAAAUUUACAGUACAACUGUUAAAAUAAUUAAAAACUCAAACCAUGGUCCAAGUCCUCUGCAGUUUUUGGUUCAAAAGCAAGAAAUGACAGAAGCAGACACAUAGUGCACAUGAGGCUGAUCCCACGGAGAAGGUUUUGGCUUCUGUGAGAAUAGUGUGUGCUUUAAUGAUUGUAACAUAUUAGGGUGGGUGUGCUUUAAUGAUUGUAACAUGUUAGGUGGAUGGGAUCUACCUGUCUAUAAAGGGUAAGAGAAUUUUUGGAAGCAGCCUGCCUAAUUUGGUGAGAUGGGCUUUAAACAAAAGAAUCCAGUGCAGCUGAGGUCCAAAGUCCCAUGACUUCCUCUGGGGAGUAGAUUAUACCAAUCAGUGCAGUGAAAGGUGUUUCUUGACUGUCCCUCAAGGAGAGCAUCAAAGAGCUACCACUGAAGUUGUUUAUGGUAGAGGUAAAUCUUCCUAAACUCCUUCUUGGGUAAUCCAAUUGCUUGAUUAAACCAGAUGAGAGGGGGACAAUUUCAGGUUCUUCCCUGGCAAGCUGUGGGAUGGUGUGAAAAGGUGAGAGGGACAGGGUGCUAACAAGUCUCUCUGCAGGCGACUUGAAGAGGUAGCAGACACAGGGCAGCACGCUUGGAGUCUUACAGAGGUGAUCCAGGGACUCCUGAGGUAACAGAAGCCAAGAGGGAUAGAGCAGGGAAAUAUCUCAAAGGAAUUAAGGGCUGUUCCUCUAGGAAGGUGAUGCAGCCAACAGCCUGGCCAAGGUGCCUUUACACCAAUGCAUGCAGCAUGGGCAACAACAAGGAGCUGGGAGCCACCCGGCUGAUGGAAAAUUAUGAUCCUGUUGCCGUUACUGAAACUUGGUGGCACAAAUUGUGUGACUGGAGUGUGACUAUCAAUGGCUAUGAGCUGUGCAGAAGAGACAGAAAGGAGGGAGAGGUGGAGGAAUUGCCCUCUACAUCAAGAGGUGCAGCAAGUGUGAAGAGCUGUCUCUGAAGAAGAGCCAUGAGCAGGUUCCAAGCCUGGGUAAAAAUCAGACCCUGAGGCACCAAAAGCAACUUUGUGGCUGGGGUCUGCUACAGCUGCCUGACCAAGGGGAGCCUAUUGACAAAGCCUUCUUGCCCCAGUUACAGGGGGCAUCGUGCUCACACGCUCCAGUCCUGUUGGAAGGACUUUGGCCACCUUCAUAUGUACUGAGAAAGGCAAACAAUACUAAGGCAAACUGCAGACAACCCAGGAGACUCCUGCAAAGCAUGAAGGAUAGCUUCUUGAGCCAGGUGGACUUCUGUAAAGCUUUUGACACAGCCCCCCACAACUAUUCCCUCCAAACUGUGAUGGAUUCCAUGGGUGGACUGUUUGGUGGAUUAGGAACUGGCUGGAUGGUUGCCUUCGCGGGUAGUGGUCAACAGCUCAGUCCCAGUGAGCAUCACUGAGCAGUGGUGUCCCUCAGGGUUCUGUACUGGGACCAGUGUUAUUUAAUGUCUUCAUUUAUGACACAGACAAAGGGAUCAAGUGCACUCUCAGCAAGUUUGCAGGUAACACCAAGCUGAGUGGUGCUCUUCACUCACCUGAAAGACGGAAUGCCAGCCAGAGGGAUCUGAACAGACUCAAAAGUGGGCACAUGGGAAUCUCAGGAGGCUUAACAAGACCAAGUGCAAGGUGCUGCACCUGCGUUGGGGCAACCCCUGGUAUCAACACUAGCUGGAGGAUGAAGGGAUCAAGGGCAGUCCUGCCAAGGACUUGGGGAUACAGGUGGAUGAGAGACUGAAUAUGACCCAGCAAUGCGCACUCACACCCCAGAAAGCUAAUCAAGGAUCAAGAGAUGAGUGAAAGCAUCAAAAGCAGCAUGGCCAGCAGGGUGAGGGAGGGGAUUCUCCCCCUCUGCUCUGGUGAGACCCCACCCUGCAGUGCUGCAUCCAGCUCUGGGGUCCUCUGCACAAAAAGGAUAAAGGCCUGUUGGAGCAAGUCCAGAGGAGGCCAUCAAAAUUAUUAAAGGGAUGGAGCACCUCUCCUAUGAGGAAAUGCUGACAGAAUUGGGAUUGUUCACUCUGGAAAAGAGAAGGCUUCAAGGUAACCUAACUGCAGUCUCCUGCUACCUGAAGGGAACAUACAGGCAAGAUGGGACAAGACCAUUUACAAGAGCAUCUAGUGACAGCACAAGGAGGAAUGGGUUCAAACUGAAAAACAGUAGUUUUAGAUUACGUGUUAGGAAAAAAUUCUUUAUUGUGAGGGUGGUGAGGCACU